AUGACAACAACCGAAGAUUUGCUAUGGUUGGGCUUGUCAGCAUCAAAAGCGGCGGAAACUUUGAAAAACCCAAAGUUAUCUGAAAUCAUCGCGCAAAUCAUCAAAGAAUCCAAAACUGCGGAAGAAGCGGAGAUUUCGAAGCAAAAGGGAACUUUGCUCUAUCAAUUGGCUACUAAAAUCAAGCCACAAAUCGUUGGACAAAUCCCGUUGGUAGUGAAAUAUGUGCAAAAUGAGGGAAUCAAGUCGGAACCUCAAUUAAAUGCCGCAAUCGAAUAUUUGCUUUCAAAUAGUGUCAAAGGAAUCGAUAUUUCGGCUUUUGAGAAAGCUUCCGGUGUUGGAGUUGUUGUAACUGUUGAUGACAUUGAGGAUGCGGUAAGAAAAAUGAAAUUUUUAUCUGUUUCAAAACUCAAUUUCCAGGUCUCUAAAGUUAUCUCAAAAAACACAGAUCAAAUCAAAGCUGAGCGAUAUUCUUUCAAUGUGGGAAAGCUUUUGGGAGAAAUUCGUGCAAUUUUACCAUGGGGAGAUGGAGCAUAUAUCAAGAAAGAGGUAGAUCUUCGAUUCUUGGAAUUGCUUGGUCCAAAAACCGCGGAAGAUUUGGCACCGAAGAAAAAACCUGAAAAGAAACCCGCAGCUCCAAAGGAUGCUCCAAAGAAGAAUGAAAAAGCUCAAGCAAUUCAAAAAGAGGAGGAAACUGAUGGGGCUGAAACAAUGGACGAGUUGCUGAAAACCCGCGCACGUUUCCACGAAGUCGGCGAGAAUUUCAAAACUGAUGGCUACGUCACAACUCCACAAACCGCUCGACUUUUAGCGGAACAUGUGAAAAAAGUUGGAGGACAAGUUGUCACACGGUUCCCGCCUGAACCUAAUGGUGUUUUGCAUAUUGGACAUGCUAAAGCGAUUAAUAUUAAUUUCGGUUAUGCUAAGGCUAAAGGGAGGAAAGUGUAAUUUACGAUUUGAUGAUACGAAUCCAGAAAAAGAAGAGGAGAAAUUCUUCACCGCUAUUGAGGAUAUGGUUAACUGGUUGGGAUAUAAACCGGCUGAAAUUACACAUUCUUCCGAUAAUUUCCAACAAUUAUAUGAGGUAUGAGGCUGAAAUCCAGGAAUUUCUUGAAAUUUGGAGCUUAUAAUAUACUGAAGAUUCUUUUUUGGCUGAAAGUUGAAUUCCGAAUUUCCAGUGUAUUUUCAACUCCAAAAUGCCUUUCCUGAAAAUUAAAAAAAUCUGGAUCUAGUCAGUUUUCUGAAUCCCUAAAUCCAGAUUGAAAAAAUUGAAAUUGUCAUUUUCAAGCUGGAAAUAUGCUGAAAAUCCAGGGUUUCGACUGAAAAUUCGAGGUUUUCUUGAAUUUUCACACAAAAAUCUGGAUUUCCAGCAUAUUUUCAGCUCGAAAGUGGCUGGAAUGCGGAAGCUAUGCCCAAAUUUUCACCCGAAAUUCCAAAUAUUUUCCAGUGGGCCGUAAUUCUGAUCAAAAAAGGACACGCCUACGUUUGCCAUCAAAAAGUCGAAGAAAUGCGCGGUUUCGAAGUUCAACUAAGUCCAUGGCGAGAAAGACCAACUCAAGAAUCUCUCCAACUUUUCGAAGAUAUGAAAAAUGGAAAAUUCGACGAGGGAGAAGCUACACUUCGACUGAAAUUGACACUUGAAGAGGGAAAAGUCGAUCCAGUUGCUUAUCGAAUCAAAUAUGUUCCACAUCAUCGAACUGGAAAUCAGUGGUGUAUUUAUCCGACCUAUGAUUAUACACAUUGUUUGUGUGAUUCUAUUGAGAAUAUUACACAUUCGCUAUGUACCAAGGAAUUCCAAUCCAGGUAAAAAUUGAUGAUUAUUUGACCCAAAAUUCCUAUAAUUUUUCCAGAAGAAGCAGUUAUUAUUGGCUGUGCAAUGCUUUGGACAUUUAUUGCCCGGUUCAAUGGGAAUACGGUCGAUUGAAUGUGAACUACACUGUAGUUUCGAAGCGCAAGAUUUUGAAGUUGAUCACCACGAAAACUGUGAAGUUAGUACUAUGACGCAAAAAUCCUGGAAAUCUCAAAGUUUUGAGAUUUUCAGGUGGAAAAUGCAAAAAUUUGAAUUUAAUUGUGACCUAUGACGUGGAAGUUGAGAAUUUUGAUCUGAAAAUCUAAAAAAUAUUUAAUUUUGAGAAUUUUCGAACAAAAUCGUAGUUUCUCGAAUUUCGCUCUGAAAAUCAAAAAAUUUCCUGAAAAUUCCAGAUUUUUUUCAAUAAAAAUUCGGUUUUUCUGAAAAAUCAGAGAUUUUUUGAGCAAAUCAAGUCCAGAAAAUAAAUUAUAAAAAUUAUUAAGAAAACCUGAAAUUGUCAUUUUCAAGAUAAAAAUAUGCUGAAAAUCUAUAAUUUCGUCUGGAAGUUCGAGGUUUUCUUGAUUAUUUUUUUUCUGGACUUGAUUUGCUCUGAUUUUUCAGAAAAACCGAAUUUUUAUUGAAAAAAAUCUGGAAUUUUCAGAUAAUUUUUUAUUUUCAGAGCGAAAUUCGAGAAACUACGAUUUUGUUCGAAAAUUCUCAAAGUUAUAUAUUUUUUAGCUUUUCAGAUCAAAAUCUAAACUGCCACGUCUUAGGUCACAUUUAAAUUCAAAUUUUUGAAAUUGUCAUUUUUAAGCUGCAAAUAUGCUGAAAAUCUAAAUUUUCCAGCGAUUGGGAUGAUCCGCGUCUAUUCACUUUAACCGCUCUCCGUCGUCGCGGAAUUCCAUCAGAAGCCAUCAAUCGAUUCGUCGCCAAAUUAGGCCUAACAAUGUCGCAAAUGGUCAUCGAUCCACACGUUUUGGACGCAACAGUCCGUGACUAUUUGAACUCCCACGCACCAAGAACAAUGGCCGUUUUGGAUGGACUUAAGCUAACUAUUCGCAAUUUCGAUGCGCUCAAUUUACCGGCGGAAAUCGAGGUUCCCGACUUCCCUGAACUCGCGGAUUCAUCGAAGCAUCGGAUUUCAGUGGAUCGUGAGAUUUUCAUCGAGAAAUCUGAUUAUGAUUCGGAGGGCAAAGAGAAGGGAUUCAGAAGAUUAAUGAAGAAUCAAAGUGUUGGGCUGAAAUAUGUUGGAUUGGUUUUGAGGGUUGUUGAGGAGCUUAAAGGUGAGGUUUUUUUUUUUGAAAAAUCGAGAAACAUGGGCAAACCAUGACGCAAAAUUGCAUUUUCCAGAUUCCCAAGGAAACUUGACUGAACUCGUAGUCGAAGCCGAAGCUCUCAACGAUCAAAAUAAACCAAAAGCCUUCAUUCAUUGGGUGGCAAAACCGGUGACUGCUGAAGUUCGACUUUAUGAUCGAUUAUUCAAGAGCAAAAAUCCGGAAGAAGCUGGAUUUUUGGAUGAUGUUAAUAAGGUAAGGUCAAAAGAUGGAUGCUAGGGAUGAUCUUAUGGCAAGGGACGGCUCCUUGGCAAGAUUCUAUCUCAAGGAGCUGCUCCUUGAGGCAAUAUCAUGAUAAGGGACGGCUCUUUAAAAGCACCUGAGGCUCAAGCAUUUCCUUCUGAACCUCAGCAAUUUUUAUAGGAUUCCCUCACAAUUUUGUACACGGCUCUAAUCGACAAAUCCAUCGCCGCCUCCAAAAUCUACGAUCGUUUCCAAUUCGAAAGAAUCGGCUACUUCUGCGUGGACAAAGAUUCGACUUCCGCCAAAUUGGUCUUCAAUCGAACUGUUAUGUUGAAAGACGGAAAUACCGCCAAAAAUUGA